GAGAGAGAGAGAGAGAGAGAUUACACUUUUUCCAGCCACACAGGGCUGAUUAAGCGUCCCACAUAUCUCAAACCAUCAGUAGCACACACGUCAUGAAUACUCGAAAAUAUGCAUCCCAGCACGCAGACAAGUAUCAACUGCCAAAAAGGACUGCAAGGCUGCUUGUGGAUGUAUGUCGGUCCAAAUCAGCGACAAGUCAAGGGCAGGACAUGGACGCAAAUCACAGGCCAAACAGAUUGUGCGUGCUGCGGGCACACCUGGACUGGCAGGUGUUCAAGGAGCUGCAAUCAGGUGAAAACUGCAGGAGGUUAGACUGAGAUCUCCUCAAAAGCCCCAAUACAGCUUGUACGCGCUUUGUCCUAGGUUUGGACCAGGACCCAGAACAUCCUGCCUGGGUUUGGCAGGGCACACACAAGAACGCAACACUGCAAAAUCUGCUUGUUCUGUAAAAGGUCUCAUGGCCAUUUCUAUUAUUGCGGUCGAUUCUUCGCGUCAGACAAUGAUGCAAAUAGCCGUCGCAUCCUUCUUUUACUGGUAAUGGCGGCUGGCGGCUGUUGCCUCUUCCGCCCCAACCAAAGCUUGGCCGUCCUAGAUAUUUUUACUACUGCGUCAUUAAGAUCAAUUUAUUGUUAUGCUUUCCAGCCGCUAUCGCCUGGCCUCUGUCUGCUCCACUUUUGUAUACCCACAUUGUUGCUGUCAGGGCCGCCUCUGUUGAAGCGUCGCUUUGUGCCCGGCGAUUAUGUCGUUAAAUUACAUCCUUUUCAUUGAAACCUGUGAUGUUGCCUGGCUGCUGAAGCCCGACCCAGUUGAUCAGUGGUUUAUGGUGAUGCCGUUAACUGUAACGGGCCGCCUCUAUCGAAGCACCUUGCCCAGCCAUUAUAUAUGUUGCCAUGAUUGUCGAGGAGCCGGAUCCCGAAGGACCCAGGCCCCACCGGAUCACAAAGAUGUCCUUGGACAGGGAAGG